AUGGAAAAUAAUAUUUUAAAAAAUUAUCAAGAAUCAGAAAAAAGGCUAUUCAAUCUUGAACAAGAAAUUAGGAAAAAAUCACUGUUUAAUUUGAAUAAUGAAUCUUCUAUAGAAGUAUCAUCAUCACCGUUUAGUAAUACAUCAUUAAAGGAAUUAGAAGAGGAAUAUAACAAAAUUUAUUUAAGUAAAAUUCAUUUAUCAGAAAAAUAUAUUAUUGCAAAACAAUCAUCUGAAUUAUUAAAUGGGAAAAUAAUAAAAAAUUCAUUAAUAAACAAGAAAAAUGAAGAUAUUUGGACUAAAGACAUGUUGAAAUUGGAUUGGAAAUUGUUCAAUGCACCAACAACAAUUCAACAGGUUUCCAAUGCUUGGUCAAGGAUCACUAGUAUGAAUGACUGUGAUUUCGAUAAUUUAUUGUUGAAAUGGUACUGGGAAUUAAAAAAAUUACAACUUAAAAGAUCUCGUUUAUCAAAUGGAGCAACUCCUUCAGAUAUUUUACACACUGAUAAUAUUGUUUAUGAUGUUCAUUACAAUUAUUUACAUUACACAAAAGCAACUUCAAACAAAACAUUAAAGUUUAGUACCCGACACAAUGGAAAUGUUAUUCAUGCAUUCAUUACCAGAGAGGUUUCAGAUUAUAGUGAAGAGGAUCAAGAACAAUUAUUUGAUUAUCAAAUAAAUUUUAAUUAUUCACUUCCACGAUCAACCAAAAUAUUUCAAGAAUUAAUAGAAAGAAUUAAUAAUCCGAUCAAUGAGAACAAUGAUAAUGAAUUAAUUAAUGGGUUAUCUUACGAUGAAAUUAUUAUUUAUGGUAACAGUAGUAGUAGCCAUGGUAAUGGUGAUGGUAGUUGUAAUGAUGUUGUUGGUAUUAAUAAUGACAAAGGGGAAAAAUCUGAUAAGAUUAAUCUUCUUAGAAAUGAAUUUCACAAAAGGACUUUUAUAUAG